CGUGUGUUCAGCUGCAGCCCGGGCUCACAACGCGGACCCCAUACGGGAGCACACUGAGGGUGACACCAGCCUUUAGCUGCUGCGGCUCUUGUUCUGCCUGAGCGUCCAUUCCCCAGUUUUUACAUCCGGCUCCAUCCCCUGAGACUGUCCCCAGCAUGAGCUCCUCUCCACUGGUGUCCCGAGCUAACAUGGACAUCCUGGAUGAGCUGCAGCUGAUCGCAGCCCAGAACCUGGAGAGGCUGGAGGUCAACAAGUACUACGAGGUGAUCAGGGAGCUGGGCAAAGGCACCUAUGGCAAGGUGGACCUCGUCAUCCACAAGAUCAGAGGCACAAAAAUGGCUCUGAAGUUCCUGAAGAAGAAAACCACCAAGCUGAAGUCCUUUCUUAGGGAGUACAGCAUCUCGCUCUACCUGUCUCCCUGCCCCUUCAUCAUCAACAUGUUCGGCAUUGCCUUUGAAACCGACGAAUACUUUGUGUUCGCGCAGGAGUACGCUCUGGCAGGAGACCUCUUCGAUAUCAUUCCUCCACAGGUUGGUCUUCAAGAGGCAGUGGCAAAGCGCUGCGUGCACCAAGUAGCCAUCGCUCUGGACUACCUGCACUGUAAGAAGCUGGUCCACAGGGACAUCAAGCCCGAAAACAUCCUCAUUUUUGACAGAGAGUGCCGCAAGGUCAAGCUGUCCGACUUUGGCAUGACCCGCCGAGCUGGCUCGCCCGUGAAAAGAGUGAGCGGUACCAUCCCCUACACGGCCCCGGAACUCUGCGAUGUGUCCCGCCACGAGGGCUUCUGCGUGGACUACAGCACCGACGUCUGGGCUUUCGGCGUGCUGCUCUUCUGCAUGCUGACCGGCAACUUCCCCUGGGAGAAGGCGCUGCCCUCCGACUCCUUCUACCAGGAGUUCAUCCGCUGGCAGAGGAGGAGGACGAACACGGUGCCGUCCCAGUGGAGGCGCUUCACCGAGCAGGCCCUCCGCAUGUUCCGCCGGCUGCUCUCCGUGGAGCAGGACCGCCGCUGCUCUGUCAAGGAGGUGUUCGGCUACUUCAGCCACUCCUGGAUGCUGGAUACGGAGAACAACAACAACAACGGUGAUGUGAAUGGCACCAUCUCAUCGUCGUCUUCCGGGGAGGAGGACGAGGAGCUGCUGGUGGAGCGGAUGAAGCAGCAGACUCUGUCCCCUCUCUCUCCCAUGUCUCCUGUGGCGGUGGAGCGGGGGAGCGGCGGCGGGGCCAAGGGCGGGUUGAUGGAACAGGUCAACGGCCACCAUUUCGUGCCCGUCUCCACCAACAGUUCAGUGUCGUCCACCAACAGCUACGAUCGAAUGCCGCGAGAGAGCAGUUCACCGGGCAGCCGCAUGCUGGUGGCCACGCCCAUAGAGAUCUGCGUGUGAGCGUGUCCGGAUGUUUCCGUCACAGACUCACCAAACCACACCUUUAUACCUCCCACCCAAUCACAUAGAUGUGCAUGCCAGGAAGACGAAACAAUCAGACGUUACAAACACCCUGAGAGCGGCACAGCACAGAAAGUCUUUGUCGAGUACGUACAUCGCUCACGAGGUUAAAAAACCCCACUUUGGAUUCAAUGACGAGCCCGAGUGCAGUUUUUGUGAAACCCGGAGGAAGAAAUGAGAAAUUGCUUCCAUUAGAGAUUCUGUCACAUCGGAGAAGAAGACCAAAAUAUAUUUCUUAAAGCAAUACUUCCAGCAAAAAAUGAAAUGAAAUGAAAUAAAAGAAAUAAGGACUUAAAAGCGGCAGAACGCUGUGGGACAUGACAAGACGUCAAAGGAUUUUUAUGUUUGAAGAUGCAGAGUUCAAGGAAUCACCCUGUAAGAUAAAAAAAAGAAAAAGAAACGAGUGAACAUUUGUUUUAAAUGUGUCACGUGUAAUGUGAACGUGUGAGUGUAUCACUGUAUGAACCUAAAAGAAGUGGAUUUAUUUUUGCUUUGAGGAUUUUCUUAUUUAUUGGAAUCUAAAAAGACUACACACUAUUUUUUCUAUUGUUUUCUUUUGUAAAGUAGCGCUCUUUCUUCUCUUUUCUUUCUGUCUGGACUUGACAUUAUGAUUUGGUGUAUCGGCGUAGCUGUGCCACACCCACUUCUCUGUACAACACGUGGUUGGCUGCUGUACAUAUUGGUGUCAGUACAUUUUGUUUGAGUUGUGACCAGUGGUUUCCAGAUGUAAUGUUUCCCCUCUGCUGGACAUAAACCAAUGUGAGUGUGAGACUGGACUGAGAGAAGGACGCCGCCGCCUCUGUUCUUCAUGACAAACAUAUCAUCUUCACUGGUGAAACAUUAUUUUCUACUCUCUCUUGAAAUUCUGUUUGUACGACUUCGGUUUUCUUUUGAGUAUCGUCUGAAAAGAAAAACUAUCACUUUGCAGGAAAACAGAACACGUGAAACACGUCACUUUUUAUGAACUGCAUGACAAGUAGCUAAAACUUAACUUUCAAGAAAAUUCAAACCGGCUUUACGAAAAAAUUGUUUAAAAAGAAUCGUAACACAUUGUGAUGUAGAGCUUUUGCCGUAGCACAAUUCCUCGCAUCAUGCUGAAGUGGGAAUAUCUUAGGGCUAAAAAUUGGAACAAUAUUUAGUUUCUAUUCAGUGUGUUGUAUUUGUAUUGCUAUUAAUGUUGUGUACUCAUCUCACCACGUUCAGGAACAGAAAAAAAAAAAGCAAAGCAUGAGGAUGUAGAGUGAAUGAAGGGGCUUGAAUUAAAAAUUAUAGGUAAGGAAUUAAUUGAUGCAUUUUUAGAAGAGAUUCUAAACGGCCACCUUUAGUGAGGUAGUGUGGCUUGGAUGUUUUUUUAAACAAUUUAAAAUUAACAGCAAAAAAGUAAUCCAAUCCUUUCUUUGACUCAUCAUGAAUAUUACCUGAAUAAUCGAAAGAAAAACAAAAAAAACAUCAGCUCAUGUAUAUGAAUGGACGUGUCGUGUGUUGUUUUCCAGACAUAAAUCUGCAUGAAUUUGUCUGUUGUGAAAACCUGCUCAGUGUCGCUCCCGUCACCAGCUGUUGUUCUCUGUAGAUGUCGUGCAGCUGCAAACAACAUGUCUCUUUAUCCCGUGAGAGUCGUCGGAUCUGUCGUCGGAUCUGUCCGGCUCUCACGUAAACCGGCUCCGUUCGCUUCCCUCAGAGCUGCUCCCGGAUCAGCCAGCGAGUAUGCAAAUGACUACAUCUUGUGACAAUCUCUGACAUCAUCGUCGGCAUCAGCCCUCUGACUCGGAACAACGGACAGAGCUGAUACAGUCACUGCUGUCACGCUGUUCGCUGCAGCCUCUCCAUCGGAGGGUGCACAGGCCUGUACAUGACCUCAUCAUGUACAGGCCUGUUCUUUCCCUGUGUUAACUCUUCUCCCACAAACCACCAUUCUACCUCUCCACAGCGUCUCAGUCAUCCAUCCUAACAAGCCUCAUUUUACAUUUAGUCCAGCGAGAAGCUCUGCAGAUCUGGCAGUGGCGGAGCCAAGGGUGGACAGCGGUGACCAUAGGGGCAACAAAACAACCUCAUUCAAAAGACACAUAUUGAUCACCAAAAAACAUCCUCCUACGUCUACUAAGUUGUCUGUAAUAAUAAAAUGUUCCUUCGGGAAGGCCGUAAAGUUGAGAGCAAAACCAAGAUGACCCUCAAAGCGCGGGAAACAAAUAGACUUUCAGUAAACAUUUUGGCAUGAUUCUUCCAAAUUAGGUUUUACAUUUUAAUGCAACAGUUAUGUAAUCUCUAAAGUUUAAAAGAUCCAAAUCAAUGUAACACAAACACUAUAUACACAAAUGAAAUUGAAUUCCAUUGACUGAUCCACUCCCUCAAAUCCUACACACUGGACCUUUACAUGAUGCUUUCCUCCAUCUGACUUCCUCCCAACGCCUGAGGCCUCCUCCGCUCAUCCAUAAUGUCACGUGUUGUAAUGGAGUCAGUGUCGCUCUCUCCAGCGGCAUGUUUCAAAGCAUUGCGACUUCAGUGGAGUUUCAGUGAGUAGAUGACCACAGCACUCAGACUCGUACCCAGUUCUGUCGCUGCAUUACAAAUGUCUUCCUGUACGCUGAGGUUUAGUCAAUAAAAUGAGAAUUCUU